AGAUAACUCUCCUGCUGGUUCCGUUUCAAAAAAGGGUCAAAUUUGAGAGGAAAAUCUAGUAACUUAUUUUUUCUCCUAUAAUGCAAUGGCACGUAGCUGUCCUUCUUUCUAGGAAAAAAAAAUCUACUAGUAACUUCUGGUUGGUAUUGAUAAAUAAAGUCCUGGCUGAAACUAAGACAUGUUGUUGUAGGAAUUACCACUCACCCUCAUUUGUGGUUAAAAAAAAGGAUAGCAGAUAAUUCACCCCUGCAAAAUUUAAAGGACUAGCUUAACAAAUCAAUUACACUCCUACCGAGUCAAAGGGCAUGACCUCUGCCUUGACUUGGCACAACAUAUAUAGUGUUGAUGUGCUCAACCAUAGAAAAAAAAAUCUGGCCAUCAUCCAUAAAAAAAAUGUCACUAAGAUGCGUUCUAAGUCAAAAAUUGAUUCGUUAAAAGUUUGUAAAGUAGAUUAGGUUAAAUAAUAAUUUCUUAGUUUCUCUAAUUUGUGUAGGAAAUGAAAUGAGAAAGUUUAACUUAUAAGGCCAAAAUUCCACUGACUUGACCUGGGCAGAAAUUUCUGAUAUCUUAAUCUUUCUCUGUGUUUAGUUCAACAUAUGACCACUCAUUUACAAUAAGAACCAAUCAAGAAGAGGCCAUCCAAACAUAUUAAUACAGCGAUUAACCAAGUCCGUACUACACAGCCUCCAUUUGGCCCCAUCACCAUGUAUGACAUGUAUGCAGCUACCUUACCUUAGCCCUAGAAGCAAGAACAAAAGCUUCUAAAGCCAGCCAUGGAGGAGAAGAAGCCGUCGGAAAGGGUCAAGGAGACACUACCGGAAAACCGACGUUUGGAGAGUGGCGGCGGAGUGGAAGUCGGAACUGAAGAUGAUGAUUUGGUGUUUCCUGGGUUCCGGUUCCAUCCGACCGAUCAGGAGCUCUUGAGCUUCUACCUUGCGAGGAAGGUGGAGAAGAAGGGCUUCAGUAUUGGCAUCAUCAAGGAGGUCGACAUCUACAAGCACGACCCCUGGGAUCUUCCAAAUGAAGCUCGGCAUGUGGUGCAGGGUGCAGGAGACAAAGAAGACUGGUACUUCUUCUGCCUGCGUGGCCGCAAGUACAGGAACAGCAUCCGGGCCAACCGCGUCACCGGCUCCGGCUUCUGGAAGGCCACCGGCAUCGACAAGCCCAUACACGGCAGCGCCGGCGGCGAGUGCCUUGGGCUCAAGAAGUCCCUCGUCUACUACCGCGGCAGCGCCGGUAGGGGCACCAAGACCGACUGGAUGAUGCACGAGUUCCGCCUCCCCUCGACGGCGUCGUCGGCUGCCGAGCUCCAAGAUGCAGAAAUAUGGACGAUAUGCCGGAUCUUCAAGAGGAACAUGUCCUACAGUAGGAGGUGCCAGCAGCAGAAACAAGAAAACGGCAGCAAACGAUGCCAGCAGCAGCAGCAGUUGCAGUAUUACUAUGACUACCGCUAUCACCAUCAGCACGGCGCUUCCAUGACGAGCAGCUUCGGUUCGUCAGAGGCGAGCGAGGCUUAUCCCACUGACAACCACCAACCGUUCCUGCUGCACGGUCUCCAUGGCGUAUCAUCAGCCAAAACAACAACAACAACUUCAUCAGGAUUGAUGGGAGCUCCUUUGCUGCCAUCGAUGUCAGUGUGGAGCGAGCUGACGACUUUCAGAGACAGCGGUAGCACCUGGGACGAGCUCGGGAGGAUCAUGGAGAUCUGACGACGGAUACAACCUGUCUACUUGUAAAUAUAUACGAUCGCUAGCUUUUGCAUGGCUUUGUGGCAUCAGUUUUACAUUUCUCGAAUGUUUUAUGAACACGAGUGUGGCUGCAUAUGCUUGCAGUACUCACCAGAUCGGAUCAUGGUUUUAAAUCA